GUGUUCUCUUUCAAUCUCUUAAGUUCUACACCAGCUAUGGAGUUUUGCGUCAUAUCGACGUGAAUAACCUCUGCGCCAAGCUUCAGUCACGUCGUUUCUCUCUUCUAUUCUAAUCAUCCGAAGCGUUACAAGUUAUUGAUUAAACGCCUUUACAACCUUCUUAAAUCCUUCCACGAUUUCUGAUUCAUUGUAUCCCCUUUAUCCCAAACGGUGGAUCUCGACCUAUAAAAAGAUAAGACCUCAUCUAAUCAUCUUCACAAUUCCAAUAGCAUUAAUAUUUUCUCAGUAUAAUAGCUAACUCCUCUGUUCUACCUGAUGAUCUGAAGUCUAACUGUUCUUCUUCCACCGUGGAGGUGUGGUUGCUCAGAUUAUUGGAAGUCAGGAACAUCAAAAGUGGUGAUUUGAGACGCGAAGAGUUCAAGAAAAUCUUUUUUGGGAUGCAGAGAUGACAUAUAUUACCAAGGUUCCCUCAUAAGGACAUUGACGUCGAGGCUUUGCCUAAAUCUGUUAACCGGAGAAAGAAAGGAGCCGUGCGCUAUGUCAAGAACCAAGGCUCUUGCGUUGCUACAGUGGAGGUAUAAAUAAGAUUGUGACAGGAAGGUUAACAACAUUUUCUGAACAAGAACGCAUAUACUGUGAGUUUUGUACACAUUAUAACAAUGGCAGCAACGGUGGUCUCAUGGAUUAUGCUUUGGAGUACAUUGUCAAGAACAGAGGUUUUCGGAAGGAAGAAGAUUAUUCUUACUCCAUGGAAGCAGGAACUUGCUAGACUCAGAAGGUUUUUGUGUAACUGCAAAAAAAAAAAGGAUUUAAAUUGUCAUACUAAUUCUUUUUGUUUUCAAACAUGAUGAAUCUGAAAUGGUGACUAUCAGUGUAGUUAUUGAUGCUUCUGGUAGAGUUCCAGAUCUUCUGGUGUAAGUACAUUAUUAAACCCAUGAUAAAAAAAUAAGAUUAAUCUUCUUGAUGCUUGAAUUAUUGUGUUUUGGUAUAUGAAGCGUAUCUUUGAUGGGACAGUGCGAGUCAAUUUGGACCAUGGUGUUGCUGCAGUUGGGUAUGGAUCAAGCAACAUCAACGGUUCAGAUUACAUAAUUGCGAAAAAUUCUUGGGGAUCAACAUGGGGAGAGAAAGGUUACAUCAGGAUGAAGAGGAUGGGAAACCAAAGGGAGGAAGGUCUUGAAGAGUCUGAAACAAACUCGUCAGAGAGCAAAUUUAUUGGAAAUAUCGUAAAGGAAAUCUUGAUAUUGCUACAAUCCAUUCCCUCGGUGCAAGCCGGAAAUUGUCUUGUUAAGAAACUUCCAGUAAAAGGAGAAACUUCUGCACUGAAAACGGAUUCUUCCCAUGCUCGAAAAAGAAACGUAGAGAGUCCACCUGAAGCUAAAAUCAAAAGCUUCACUGGAAGCAACUCUUUAGCUCCCCAUGAAGCCAUUGCCUCGGGCUCGGGACAUGGUCCAACCCCAACAGAAAAAAGCCGUAUCACGUUUAAGCCUCGCCGCCCUCCAUCCGAGAAACAGAUUUUGUUUGACAAAAACAUGAAGGAAAAAUAUGGUAAUGGUAGUAGUUAA